AUGGAAGGAGAUAGAAAACCUAUGCUUUUGUAUUUCACCGGUAAAACCCAAAACACUCACACCUUUUGCAGUCUAUCAUAUCCAUCCAAGUGCCAUUCAACAUGGAAUACAGAUUCCGAAUUGAAGGAAUCCAAGCUUCUAACUGUACAACAUGGUUGGUAUCUUUGGGAAAAAAUUAUAUCAAACUAUGUUAGUAACUUGUUUCUUUGGAAUCCAGGUAACCUUAACAAAAUCGUUCUCCCACCACUUCAACACAAUGGCACUAUUUUUAGUGAUUGCAUUUUAUCAUCCCCUCCAUCUGCAAAUCAUCAAACAUGCUCCAUUUAUUUAUUUUCAUCACACAACCCUUCGAUAUUCCACUAUCAACUUGGAGAUAAACAAUGGACUAAAGUGUGCUUUUAUGACCAAAUUAUGAGACUUUUGGCCAUGCAGAGAAAAACUCCUUUGGAUGAAAGGAAAACCUUUUUUAAGAACCCAGUUUACUGCAAUGGUCACGUCUAUGCAGAAAUGUCGAUUUUGUCCGGGUGUAUUGUACUGGUUAUUCAGAAACUUCAACCUAAUAGUUUUACAAUAAACUGCACACCGGAUAUCAUGAUAAAACAUCUACCGAAUAAUUUUGAGCAACUUAUUAUAAGUCGCCUCAUUGCAUGCAACAAUGUAUUAUUUCAACAUCUACAGGAUAAUUUUGAGCAACUUAUUAUAAGUCGCCUCAUUGCAUGCAACAAUGUAUUAUUUCAAAUUCAAGUUUUCAAAGAGGAAGGAUGGGUUACUGCAGUUUAUGUUUUCAAAUUUGAUUGUUCUCAACAGGUGUGGGAAAAAGUGGAAAGUCUCAAGGAUAAAGUGUUCUUUAUAUCUAGUCUUGAUUCAACUUUUGCUUGUCAAGCAAUCAAUCCAGAAACUGAAGGAGGCCGUAUCUACAUCGCCCUACAGAACUACAAUUUUGUCUUUAUUUACAACAUUCAAGACAAUUCUAUUGUAAUUUCUCAAGCUUUCUCCAAUCUAUCAAACAAAAGGUCUUAUUCAAGAUGGGUCAUGCCACAUACAGGGAUGGCUGAUACGUUCAAAGAAGAAAUAGGAAAAUUUCAUCAAAUUAAAGAAAAGAAAAGCAUAUGUGAUGUAGAGUAUUUAAAGGAUGCAGAGGAUAAAGCUAACAAUGUAUCUGUACUUUCUCCAGACCUGGUUGAAGUGAUUGCAAAACAUAUUAAUGAUGUGCUUGAUUAUUUGCAUUUUCGAGCUACCAAUAAAUUCUUUCGUCUCGCUGCACCACAUAUUCAAUGCAGAUCAUCUUCUUCAAUGUCAAGGUUUGAUGAUCGCUCCAUGUGUCCUUUAUUUGUGUUCUCAAAGGAAAAGGUCUUCACUUUUGUGAAUCCGAAGCAUGGCCUCGAGUUCAAAUACAACAUAAACUUUCCUCAAUAUUGGAGCUUGAAUUCAAAAAUUUGUUGUUCAAAAGAUGGUUGGCUAUUACUGGUGGCAGUUAACAAUGGCAUAGAAUCUCAAGGUUUCUUCAAUCCCUUUACAAAACAAGUCCUACCACUUCCAAUUGGGUAUAAAGCAUUCAGGAAUGACAGGUGCGUUGGCAUGUCACAUUCCCCGACCUCUUACGAAUGCGUUGUGGUUGAGUUUGAUAAAAUAUCAUCAUCAGUUCCCCUUAUGAUAUCAUGUGUACAUCACCUUGGGGACAACGUUACUGGCUUUUUCGUACUUGAAGACGGGGAACUUCCUCUCUGCAACGUUAGUCCCGCUUUUCAUAACGGAUCAUUUUACUUUCUUACACUAACAAGAAAGUUAGCAGUAGUAAAGGUAUCAAGAGAAACGUAUACUUGGAAAGAACUUGAGGAGCCUCAAGCUCCACGUAGCAGUUACUUCAAAAACUUUCUAGUUGAAUGUGAUGGCAAUUUAUUGGCAGUAUUUGAGAGUCAUUUUGGAUAUGGAGUUCAAGUUUUCAAGUUGAAUGAGUCUACAAUGACAUGGAUAAAAGUUGAAAGCCUAAAAAAUCACAUGCUUUUUGUUGGUAAAACAUCAUUUUCUGCUGUGGCAAGCAUUCCUGGAAUGGAAAACAAAAUUUAUUUUCCUAGAUUUUAUGGCCAAAAUCUGGUGUUUUAUUCUUUGGAAACAAACAACUACCACACAUUCCAACAUGAUCAAGUGGUGAAUUUUGAUCAUAUGAGAGAACACUUGAGUGGUACUUGGAUUCAGCCAAGAUGGCAUUAA